GCGAGGGCGGGAUUUAAAGAGGCAAUCUCGAUUGGGCUGCCGAGCAGGGGAGGGGCCUGCCGAGGCCUGGGUUGGGCGGGGCUGAGAGUUCGUAACCGCCUCUGGGUAACUGGACUCCGGCGAUCAAACCUCCGGAGGCCGGGAGAGGCCUGUGGGCUUGCAGCAUAUCCCGGAUCUGGAAUAUCCCUGGCAGGAGCGGAGUCACAGGGUUUACGGAUCCUAAAGCUGGGCUACGAAGAACUUGCGAACUUGGAAUAGAAGAUCCCGGAACCCGGUAAUAAAAUUGGAAAGUCCCGGAUCGCGGAACGUAGCUCGCGGAGCGGACUCAACACGGCGACCGGAGGCCGGAUCGCUGCACCGCGGGACGGGACAGAGUGAUGUCGGGCCGUGGCGCGGGCGGGUUCCCGCUGCCCCCGCUGAGCCCCGGCGGCGGCGCUGUUGCCGCGGCCCUUGGUGCACCGCCUCCGCCUGCGGGACCCGGAAUGCUGCCUAACCCGGCGCUCAGGGGCCCGGGGCCUUCUGGAGGCAUGGGGGUACCGGGGGCCGCCGCCUUCCGUCCCAUGGUCCCCGCGGGCCCCGCGGCGCAGUACCAGCGACCUGGCAUGUCACCAGGAAGCAGGAUGCCUAUGGCUGGCUUGCAGGUGGGACCUCCAGCCGGUUCCCCAUUUGGCACAGCUGCUCCGCUUCGACCUGGCAUGCCACCUACCAUGAUGGAUCCAUUCCGAAAACGCCUGCUUGUGCCUCAGGCCCAGCCCCCGAUGCCUGCCCAGCGCCGAGGGUUAAAGAGGAGGAAGAUGGCAGAUAAGGUUCUACCUCAGCGGAUCCGCGAGCUUGUCCCAGAGUCUCAGGCAUACAUGGAUCUUUUAGCUUUCGAGAGGAAGCUGGACCAGACCAUUGCUCGCAAGCGGAUGGAGAUCCAAGAGGCCAUCAAGAAGCCUCUGACGCAAAAGCGAAAACUUCGGAUCUAUAUUUCCAAUACAUUCAGCCCCAGCAAGGCAGAUGGAGAUAAUGCAGGAACUGCAGGGACCCCUGGGGGAACCCCAGCAGCAGACAAGGUGGCCUCCUGGGAGCUUCGAGUAGAGGGAAAACUUCUGGAUGAUCCUAGCAAACAGAAGAGGAAGUUCUCAUCAUUCUUUAAGAGCCUUGUUAUUGAGUUGGACAAGGAACUGUAUGGGCCUGACAACCAUCUGGUGGAGUGGCAUCGGAUGCCCACCACACAGGAGACAGAUGGCUUUCAGGUGAAACGGCCAGGAGAUCUCAAUGUCAAGUGCACUCUUCUGCUCAUGCUGGAUCAUCAGCCUCCUCAGUAUAAACUGGACCCCCGCCUGGCGAGGUUGCUGGGAGUGCACACACAGACAAGGGCUGCCAUCAUGCAGGCACUGUGGCUUUACAUCAAACACAACCAGCUGCAGGACGGCCAUGAGCGAGAGUACAUCAACUGCAAUCGUUACUUCCGCCAGAUCUUCAGUUGUGGCCGACUCCGUUUCUCCGAGAUUCCCAUGAAGCUGGCUGGAUUGCUGCAGCAUCCAGACCCCAUUGUUAUUAAUCAUGUCAUUAGUGUGGACCCGAAUGACCAAAAGAAGACAGCCUGCUAUGACAUUGAUGUAGAGGUUGAUGACCCACUGAAGGCCCAGAUGAGCAACUUCCUGGCCUCUACCACCAACCAGCAGGAGAUUGCCUCUCUUGAUGUCAAGAUCCAUGAGACCAUUGAGUCCAUCAACCAGCUAAAGACCCAGAGGGAUUUCAUGCUCAGCUUUAGCACUGAGCCCCAGGACUUCAUCCAGGAAUGGCUCCGUUCCCAACGCAGAGACCUCAAGAUCAUCACAGAUGUGAUUGGGAACCCUGAGGAGGAGAGACGAGCCGCCUUCUACCACCAGCCCUGGGCUCAGGAAGCGGUUGGGAGGCACAUCUUUGCCAAGGUGCAGCAGCGAAGGCAGGAACUGGAACAGGUGCUGGGAAUUCGCCUGACCUAACUGCUCAGGGACUGCCGCUGCCAUCCUUCCUUCCCUGCCCUGGAACCUAACAGGAGACUGUCCUCUUGGUUCUGGCUGGGGCUGCAGACACGUAGGACGGAGUGAGGUGUGUUUCCUGUCACCCUCCACUCCCAGCUGUAGUUUCAUAAAUGUAGUUUUAGAUCCCUCACUGCUUGGUCCCCAAAGCCUUAUUACUUACCUUUUAGCACUGGCUUUAAUUGGGUUCGCAAUGUGCCGCCUCAGCCCCCGGCAGGCAGGCCAAGCAGCACUGCUGGAGGUCGUGCUUUAACUUUGUAACAGACAUUUCCGAACCAAAGGCUGCUGGGUUUGCACGUUUACAGGCUCCACCCUAGAGCCAGUGUCAGAGCUGGUUUUGGGGAGCUGGGCAAGGAAGAGGAGGCCCAGCCCAGACUCUUCCUGGCCUUUCUCAACCAAAGUUCUUUGCCAUUCCUCCAAGCCCAGCCUUGCUGCUGGUUUGUCCUUCUCUUUGGGUAUUUGCACUAUUUGGGGAGCAGGUUUUUCUACGUGGGAGCCACUUUUUUUGUACAGAGGUAACUGGGGUUUUUCAGGGAGCCCACUUGGUGCCUCCUUCCUUAUUUUUCUUCUCUUAAUCUAUGCAAGCGGCUGCAGCCGUCAUCAUCUCCUGGGAUGCCAUGGGGCUGCCCACCCAUAGCUGCUUGGGCAGGGAGAAGUGGAAUCUCCCAGAGGGUGGGAAUGUGCCAGUUCUCUAACCCAGCUAAAUAAAGUAGGGAUGUGUGUGUGUGUUUGUGUGUGUGUGCUCGUGCGUGUGUGUGUGUGCUGCAGGGGAAGGGGAAAGCUGGAGGAAUGUUGUUACCCUUUGCAGUUGGUCUUAAUGAGGGUGGGCCUAAGGCUUAGCAAAUGCCACUUCUGGCAAACUUGGAAAAUUCCAAAUAAAUCUUUUUGUUUAUUGGUGGUGCCCAGA